AUGUCUCUUCGUUCUGUGACGCGAAGAUUGGACAUAAGGGCCCUGAGAAGGCCCUCGUCAUGUCCCAAUGCCUCAUUAUCACUUCCAAGAAUCAUACCUGUAUGGCAGGCAUGCCGGAAUGUUGCUUCGACACCGACUGCGGAAAAAGUUCUGUUCCCCGGCGCACUGAACAGCGAGUUCACGAACAACCUAGAGUUCAUGCGACCGUCUAAGAAUAAAGCCAUAUCCACCUUCCGGAUACUAGAUCAGUAUGGGCAGGUUUUAGACAAGGAGAGAGGCGUAGACACGACUGAUGAAGAGGCUCUGGGGUUAUACCAGAAUAUGGUACGCUUGAACAUAAUGGACUUGAUCAUGUUCGAGGCACAACGGCAAGGACGACUGAGUUUCUACAUGGUUUCUACCGGCGAAGAAGGCAUAUCAGUCGGCUCCGCCAGCGCGCUCAACCCUACUGACCCCGUCUUCUGCCAAUACCGCGAAGCCGGCGUCUUCAUGCAACGCGGCUUCAGCCUCGACCAGUUCAUGGCCCAGCUUUUCUCGAACACUGAUGACACCGGUCGCGGCAGAAACAUGCCCGUCCACUACGGCAGCCGCGAACUCCACAUCCGCACCGUCUCCUCUACCCUUGCCACCCAACUUCCCCACGCAGCCGGCGCUGCCUACGCCCUGAAACUACAGAACCAGCAAAACCCCGACGUCGAGCCCCGUGUAGCCGUCACCUACUUCGGCGAAGGCGCCGCGAGCGAAGGCGACUUCCACGCUGCGUUGAACAUCGCUGCGACAAGACAGGCGCCAUGUAUCUUCAUAUGCAGGAACAACGGUUACGCUAUCUCCACGCCUACAAGCGAUCAGUAUAGGGGAGAUGGUAUCGCAAGUCGAGGCGCAGGAUACGGCAUCGACACGCUGCGCGUCGACGGCAAUGAUAUCUUCGCUGUGCGCACCGCCACCAGAGAAGCGCGUCGUCUCGCUCUUACCGAUGGCGGCAAACCCGUCCUCAUUGAGAUGAUGGCGUACCGUGUAGGUCACCACUCCACGUCCGACGACUCGUAUGCGUACCGCCAGAAAGUCGAAGUUGAGGACUGGAAGCGCCGCGACAAUCCCAUCACCCGGUUGCGGAAAUGGCUGGAAGAGCGGGAUCUAUGGAAUGAAGAUGAGGAGAGGGAGACGAGGAGUCAACUGAGGAAGGACAUACUCGCGGCGUUCGACAGAGGUGAAAAGAAAAAGAAACCGAAGAUCAGACACGCGUUUGAUGAUGUGUGGGAGAACAUCACGGAUGAACAGAGGGCACACGUUGAGGAACUGAAGGACAUCCUGACGCGGUAUCCCAAGGAGUAUGACGUUAGUCAGUAUGAAGGUGGCCUAGAUUCAUUGGAUGAGCUGUUGGAAAAGAAGAGGUAG